GGAUCAUCGGGCCAAAGAGGAGCAAAUAGUCAAACCUGGCAUUUCCACGGCUGAUGUGAAAAAGAAGCAUGUUACCCUUGCAGAUUCUGUUCAUGAAAUGCAUGCAUCGUCGAAUUCGUACGAUGAAUUCAUUGAUGAUUACAAGAUCAUUUCAAGAGUAAAAUCCGAAAAAUUCUACGAUUUGAACAAAUUUAUUAAUGUCGGUGCAAAGUGGUUCUGUGAAACUGUAUGUAAAAUCGAGCUUCCCUAUUCAGAUAAGCUCAAUCAUCGCGAUUUCAUCCAUCUGUAUGACUUUCAAAAAGUUUUUAUUCAUCGGUUCAUAAUUCGCAUAAUGGAAUUGGUUAAAAUAAAACAGCAUCAUUAUUGGAAUGUGGAUCGACAAAUUUCUACUUGGAAAGAGCUUAAUUUGAAUUUAGAGGGUGUAUCAUUCGAAGCUGCCAACAUCAUUAUAAAUUACCCGUGUACAAAUGAAGAAUUUUGCAUAUGUAUUCGAAAUAUUUGUAAAUAUAUCUGCGUCCAAAUAAGUCAAGAUCUUGAAGAGUUCGAAAUCGGUAAAGAUAUUACCAUGCCCGAGGACGACAGCGGUUCUGAUUACGAAGAUUUACAUCAAAUUCUCUGAAUCAUUAACAAUUGCUUUGGCAAACCAUUCGGACCAUAAUAUGUAAAUGGCACAACAACUCAACAUAAACUAACAUAGUAUAAAAUACAUCGACGCAAAAACUUAUUUAUUAGCAUAAACAUGAUUUAAUAAACAGAUUGUAG